AAAAGCUUUUGACUUUUUUUUUUUUUAGUAAGUAGCAGAAGGUUUGGCGAAUUCCAACGAUGCCAAAUUUAUUGCCUUACUGAAACAUUAAGACCACGAAUUUUUAAAAAAACUACAGUUUUACUUAAAAAAAUGUACAAAAUGUUCGGAACAUUUUGUAAUGACGCAACUCUAUUGGUUAAUUAGGGUGUUUCCACGAGCAGUAGGUAAUUUUAUGGCCUCUUUUUAAAGCUGUCUGAAUUCUGUUAACUCAAACGUUGUUUUUGUACUCGUUCUGUACGCAACUAUAUCAAUAUGUCUGGACGCGGAAAAGGAGGUAAAGGAUUGGGAAAAGGAGGUGCUAAACGUCACCGAAAAAUUCUUCGUGAUAACAUUCAGGGAAUCACAAAACCUGCUAUUCGACGUCUUGCUCGACGAGGUGGUGUCAAACGUAUCUCUGGCCUUAUCUAUGAGGAAACCAGAGGUGUACUGAAGGUUUUCUUAGAGAAUGUUAUUCGUGAUGCUGUAACCUACACAGAGCACGCUAAACGCAAGACCGUUACCGCUAUGGAUGUUGUUUAUGCCUUAAAACGUCAAGGAAGAACUCUUUACGGAUUCGGAGGUUAAGCGUUGUCAUUGCUCAACAAAAACGGCUAUUUUUAUAGCCACAAAUCUUUUAAAACAUUACUUUGUGCACGCUUCCAAAUUACACAAUGUGUAAAGUCUUGUCACAGUUACAUUUAUUGCUAUACGAUACUAUGUCAUAUAUGACACAAAAAAAAUUUAGAAAUACUUUGUAGGGUUAAUUUGCCUGGGAGUGUUUCCGUGAAAAGCUGGGUUAAGUUAAAUGUAAGCAAUAACAUGGAUCAAUGUACUUG